UCAGGCGGCGGACGCACAACCUUCUUCGUCUAUAAAGCACCACCCCGCCCGCAGUUCCAACGCCACCACGGAAGCCACUCCACUCCCCUCCUCCACUCUCGGCCGGAAUCCGCCUCGUCUCCGGUCCUCCUCCGGCUGCAUCGUCUUCUGAUCCCCACCGGAUUCUGCGGCGCCGUACGUGAGAUUCAGAGAACCAGGACGCGCGAUGGUGGCCAACAACAAGGUGGUGGACCUCCGGUCCGACACGGUGACCAAGCCCUCGGAGGCGAUGCGCGCCGCCAUGGCGGCCGCGGACGUGGACGACGACGUCCUGGGCGCGGACCCGACCGCGCAGCGCUUUGAGGCGGAGAUGGCCCGGAUCAUGGGCAAGGAGGCGGCGCUGUUCGUGCCGUCGGGGACCAUGGCCAACCUCGUCUCCGUCCUCGUGCACUGCGACGCCAGGGGCAGCGAGGUCAUCCUCGGCGACAACUCACACAUCCACGUCUACGAGAACGGUGGCAUCUCCACCAUCGGCGGCGUCCACCCAAAAACUGUUCCCAACAACCCCGACGGCACCAUGGACAUCCACAGGAUCGUCGCCUCCAUCAGGCAUCAGGACGGGGCGCUCUACUAUCCCACCACCAGGCUCAUCUGCUUGGAGAACACACAUGCAAAUUGUGGUGGCAAGUGCCUGUCUGUAGAAUACAUUGACAAGGUUGGCGAGGUUGCUAAAAGCCAUGGCUUGAAGCUUCAUAUAGACGGAGCUCGCAUCUUCAACGCUUCCGUGGCGCUUGGAGUUCCUGUUGAUAGGCUUGUGAGGGCUGCUGAUUCGGUUUCGGUAUGCCUAUCAAAAGGGUUAGGUGCUCCCGUUGGAUCAGUUAUUGUUGGUGCCAAGGCCUUCAUAGACAAGGCUAAAAUUCUUAGGAAGACACUUGGUGGUGGAAUGAGGCAGGUGGGCAUUCUUUGUGCUGCUGCCUAUGUUGGAGUUCGCGACACCGUGGGCAAGCUUGCCGAUGACCAUAGGAAGGCUAAAGUUUUAGCAGACGGACUGAACAAAAUUAAACAGUUUACGGUUGAUUUAACUUCAGUGGAGACCAAUAUGGUCUUCUUUGAUAUUGCGGAUCCACGCAUAACACCUGAUAAACUGUGUCAAGUCCUGGAACAGCGCAAUGUGCUUGCAAUGCCAGCAAACUCAAAGAGCGUCAGACUCGUCAUCCACUACCAAAUUUCAGAUAGUGACGUCCAGCAUGCCCUGACAUGUAUCGAGAAAGCUGUUGAGGAAAUACUGUCAGGCAGUGCUAAAUUUGAGCAUUUGACAAACGGCAGUACCGCGAAUUCAUAUGGGCAUUAGGCUACCUCCUGUUUGUAAUCGUGGAUCCUGUAGUAAUAACUCUUGAACUGUAGUACUCCUACCUUGCAGAAUAAUCUAUUGCUGUUUACUCUUUCCGGUUGGGCUAGAAGAAAGUCCCCUGCUCCGGAUUUGCACUUA